AUGUUGGGAGUCUUCUUCUGUGGUUCCGUCUGCCAGCUGAAGAAGAAACUGAGCACGGCCCCUGGCGAGGCGGAGACGGGCAGGGCGUUUAACCGUUAUGACGAGCGCCUCCUAGAGGACUUUGCGGUGUACUGCGGCCUGGCCCUGCAGACCGUCCAGACUGUCCAACGGAUAGAGUACCAACGAGCCAGCCAGGAUGUCACCCAGGAGGUUCUGUCCUACCACCUUACUGCAGCUCAAGAGGAAAUCCGAGCGUUGCAGGAAGCUGAAAUCCCCUCUGCCCAAUCACUGCGCAUCCUGGACUUCAGCUUCUCUGAUUUCGGCCUAUCAGAGGACUCCACGGCUCAGGCCACAGUCAGAAUGUUCCUGGAUCUCAACCUGGUGCAGGACUUCAACAUCGCCUACAAGUGUCUUUGUCAGUGGGUUCUGAGUGUGAGGCGUGGUUACCGUAGCAAUGUGCCCUAUCACAACUGGAGUCACGGCCUCAGCACCGCUCAGUGUAUGUUCGCCAUGGUGAUGUCUACAGACCAGCUACAGUCUAAUUUGUCUCGUCUGGAGGUGCUGGCUCUGAUGAUAGCCACUCUGAACCACGACCUGGAUCACAGAGGAGUCAGUAACUCCUACAUAGAGAGGACUCAGCAGCCUCUAGCCCAGCUGUAUGGAACCUCCUCUCUGGAGCAUCAUCACUAUGACAUGUGCCUCUUCAUCCUCAACAACCCGGGCAGUCAGAUCCUCAGUGGUCUGUGUCCUGAUGACUACAGGACAGUGUUACCCAUGAUAGAGAAAGCCAUCCUGGCCACGGACCUGGCUGUCUAUAUGGAGAGGAGGGCAGAGUUCUUUGAACUGGGUCAGAGAGGAAUGAGGUGGGAGGAGGACAGGCACAGAGACUUACUAAGGUCAAUGCUGAUGACAGCCAGCGAUAUUGCUGCCAUUACAAAGCCUUGGCAUAUUCAGAAGAGGACAGCUAAGCUGGUGACAUCUGAGUUUUUUGCCCAAGGAGACCGAGAGAAGGAAGAGUUCAACAUCAAACCUGCUGACAUGAUGAACAGAGACAACAGCACUCGACUACCUCACAUGCAGGUCAACUACAUCGAUGGGAUGUGCCAUCCCUUAUACCAGACUCUGUCUGGGAUGUUUGACUCCUGUUCUCCACUGUUGGAAGGCCUCAUGAGGAACAGAGAGAAAUGGAUGCUCCUCGCCGAGACAGGGGAGGAAGGAGAAGAAGAGGAAUAGAGAGAUGGAAGAGAGGAACAGAGAGAGCUGGAUGCUCCUCGCCGAGACGGGGGAGGAAGGAGGAGAGGAGGAAUAGAGAGAUGGAAGAGAGGAACAGAGAGAGCUGGACGCUCCUCGCCGAGACGGGGGAGGAAGGAGGAGAGGAGGAAUAGAGAGAUGGAAGAGAGAACUGGAUGCUCCUCGCUGAAACGGGGGAGGAAGGAGGAGAGGAGGAAUAGAGAGAUGGAAGAGAGGAACAGAUAGAGCUGGAUGCUCCUCGCCGAGACGGGGGAGGAAGGAGGAGAGGAGGAAUAGAGAGAUGGAAGAGAGAACUGGAUAAUGACUUGGCUGUUUGUGUGCGAAUCAAGACUGGAGUAUCAUUGGUUAACGUCCUGUAAGACCCUCCCCCAACAGCAACCAUGACUGGUUAACGUCCUGGUAGACCCUCCCCCAAACAGCAACACACAACCAUGAUUGGUUACUGUCCUGGUAGACCCUCCCCCAACAGCAACACACAACCAUGAUUGGUUACUGUCCUGGUAGACCCUCCCCCAACAGCAACACACAACCAUGACUGGUUACUGUACGGGUAGACCCUCCCCCAACAGCAACACACAACCAUGACUGGAUACUGUCCUGGUAGACCCUCCCCCAAACAGCAACACACAACCAUCAUUGGUUAUUAACCUGGAACUC